AGAUCAAUGGUUUACAAUCGACAAUGCAAGUUGAAUACUGACCUUCUCCGGCGACCGUGGCUUGAGGCGGUGCUCCACUUAGGUUUUCGUUACCAUACUCUUGAUGCCAAAGUUUUGAUCUUUCAGAGAAUUAGGCUUGAAUCAUCUGGAACAAAUCACUCAAGAGAUUGAGUUAGAGCUAUGGACCCUGUUGAUUGGGAACAUGAAUUGAAAAAGUACCAGGAUGUUAUAGCUUCAGGUACCAAGUGUAUGAAAAUAAAGGCCAUGGUGAUGCUUGCUCGUUUCUCCAAACAUGCCCCUGAGCAUGUGUUAGCUCGCACCAUACCCUUUCUCACUGAGAUUCUUGGUCACAAUGUUUCAAAUGAUUCUGCUCCUUCUCUUCAGGAGGCUGCUGCUUAUUGCUUGAAGUGCAUUGCUUGCAGGGGUGAUGGUGCUUUGGCGGUUGAAAUCGGUGGACAUGGUGCCACUCAUUCUUUGAUGAGGUUGUUGCCUCAUUCUGAUGGAAGGAUGCAGAAGGUUCUGAUAAAAUGUUUGCUGCUUGUUGUUAGCUUUUGCAAUGCUAGUAGGACAGUUGUUGCCACCAACGGUGGGGUGGAAAUGAUAAUUGGUUUGUUGCGUUCUUGCACCGAUGAUACUAGGAGGUAUUUGUUGGAGAUCUUGAGUGUGUUGGCGUUGAGGAAGGAUGUUAGGAAGGCACUCACUAGGCUGAGAGCUCUUCGCUAUGUCGUGGAGGCUGCUGGUUUUGGGAGCAUGGUGUUAAGGGAAAGGGCCUGUCAAGCAAUUGGGUUGCUUGGAGUCACGAGGCAGGCUAGGCGUAUGCUGGUUGAAUUGGGAGCUAUACCGGUGCUUGUGGCGUUGUUUCGCGAAGGAGAUCACACGACUAAGCUUGUAGCUGGUAAUUCUCUUGGUGUGAUAUCUUCUCAUGUUGAAUACAUUAGGCCAGUUGCUCAAGCUGGGGCUAUCCCACUUUAUGCCGAGCUUCUUGAAGGACCUGAUCCUUCUGGGAAGGAGAUAGCUGAGGAUGUGUUUUGUAUAUUGGCUGUUGCUGAGGACAAUGCUGUGGAAAUUGCUGGGCACUUGGUGAGGAUUCUGAGAGAAGGUGACGACGAAGCGAAGGCUUCUGCAGCUGAUGUGAUGUGGGAUCUGUCGGGUUACAAGCACUCGACAUCUGUGAUCAGGGAUUCGGGUGCGAUUCCUAUUCUUGUUGAGCUUUUGGGGAGUGGAAGUGAGGAUGUGAAGGUGAACGUUUCUGGGGCAUUUGCUCAACUGAGCUAUGAUGGAACUGAAAGAAUGGCACUUGCUGAGGCAGGGGCAAUACCGAUUCUCAUUGACUUGAUGAAUGAUGCUGAUGGGGUUGAGGAACUAAGGGAUAACGCCGCAGAGGCCCUUGUCAAUUUUCAUGAAGAUCCGUUGUAUCAUGGUAGAGUGUCUGAUGCGAUUAAUGUUCCUUCGUUCAGAAAUAUACAGAAUAGAUUAGUUCAUAUUCGUGCAUCGAAUGAGCAUAUGGCUAGAUCCUUGAGAAUAAUAAGCGUUGAGCAGCUCACUUGGAACCCGGAUCUUGUAUAAUCAUCUUAAGGGUAUGUUUUGAUCUCAAAGCCUUUGCUAAGUAGGUUGCACUCCAAGUUUGAUUAGUGUUUCACCCUAGCAUAGAUGUAUGUUGUCAUGAGAAUUGGGAGGAGGUACUAUCCUCCUCCCCUUGCUAGAGAGAAAACUUGAUAUCUUUGUUGUAUAGUUCAAGAAGUUCACAUAUACAAAUAUAAAUGAGUGAGUAUAUAACCUUAUAUUUUGGGGGAAAAUACUUGAAUUUAUAUAACUUAGUUGCCAAA